AUGGGCCAGGUUACAAGUAGAUUUGCUGUGCUGUUUACUAGGCAACCUGCGAAUCUUCGUGCUAAUGAUGAUGAAGAUCCCGAGCAACAACUGACCUUUGCUAAUGCAGCAGGAUCAUAUUUUGGAUCCCAUUUUCUUAUGUGUGGUGGCCGUUUUGAUUUGGCAAAACCGGAAGCCUUCUUAUUUGGUGAAAACAGUGAUCUAGAUUUACUUGGAAGUCGAUCAGUACCGUUUCCUUACGCUUCACCUCUUGGAAGUGAUGAAGUGCAUCCGCUUCAUCUGCUUAUUAAUAUUAGAAAGGAGUCGGUAAAGUUUGUGAGGAUGAAAGGCUGCAAUGGUUCUCAAAGUGACGCAUGUUUUUACCGCUUGGAGUUUAUAUUAGAUGCUGAUUGUUCCUGUUUUGUUCAAAUUCAUUUCAAUGCCAGAGAGCUUUAUCAAGAUGGGGAGAUUCAGUUUGCGUACCGUAACAAGCGAGUCUCUUGUUCGGAUCGUUUUCAUUUCGAUACUGGUUCCGAACAAAUAUUCAACAACUUUACUUUUGACCCAUCAAAAUGGGACUUAGCAGACCUGACCUACUCCGGUGGACUGUAUUUUCCCAUCGUGGUCGUUAUACAAACAGAUGGUAUCGACAGGCCGCAAAUGCAAAGCACGAUGUGCACAGUCGAUGUUGCAAAUGAUAGCAGUCAUGCACUAAUUUUGAAACCGCUACGACAGAAAAUCGCCUGCGAUGGAGUUAUUUACCUUCUCCAGGAAAUGUUCGGUAUAGAAAACAAAGAGUUGACACCCGAUGGAAACUCUGACGAAUGUGGGCUGGAGUGCAUCAUAUGCAUGAGUGAUAUUCGUGACACUGUGAUUUUACCAUGUCGUCACCUCUGUAUAUGUAAUAAUUGUGCAGAUACCUUAAGAUACAAGCUCAAUAAUUGCCCGAUUUGCCGCUCUCCCUUCCGAGCGCUUAUACAACUUCGUGCACGUAGGCAAACGCGUAAUCUUGGGUAUGAAACAGUAACAUUAGUGGAAGGUCUAAAUGGUCCUCUGAACCACCACUCUUAUGCAAGCAUUGAACAAGGAGUAACAAAUGAGUCCGGGGCUUCUAUAGCGAGGAAGAGUCACUCUCGAGAUAGAUCUCGCGCAAGUGACGCCAUUGAUCAGAUUGUUACAAUGGAGAAUGAUGCUCAUAUUGUGGAGACAAGCGAGGGAAUCGAAAUGAAGCGGUACAGAAGCAUCCCUAAGGAUAUUGUGCCGCAAGAAGAAACUCCUGUAUUAUCGAACGCGUCUUCAAGGAGCGCUAGUCCUCAGUGUAAUGUGAGUCCUGAAGAAACUGAAGUUGAGGUCACUGUUGACAGUGCCACGUUUGCUGCAUCAAAACGAGGGCUGCAAAUUGGAAGCAGUAGUUCCUCCAGUGGUCUCCUAGAGGGCACGGGCAGAAGCCUCCUGAAAGAAACACUUGUUGCAGAGGAUUAA